AUGUUGGAUCAAUUAACUUUUGAAAUAGAAAACAAAUUAGAAAUAGAGCAAAAUUGUUUAGAUCUAUUAAAGGAAAGGGUUGAUAGAAGUAGUCAAUUAACCAAAAAUAUGGUCGGUAUUUUAAAUUCGUUUGAAGAUAGGCUUUCUCGAUUGGAAGAAACAAUUUUACCUGUUUAUAAUGAAACAGGAAAUUUACAAAGGAGACAGCAAAAUAUUGAAAAAACUCUUGCGUCAUUAGAUACUGUGAUUAAUUUUUAUAUUGUGAGUCAAGAAGUAGAUUCUAUCAUAAGGUCAGGACCUAGUCAUACAACAGAUGAAACAACAAAUUUAGAUACAUUUUUAAAAGCAAUGGAUAAAUUACAAACAGCUCAAGAAUAUUUUGAAAAGCAUAAUCCUCAAAGUGUCGAAUUGGAAAAUGUUGCAACACUGUUUAAUGAUGGAGGACUUGCUUUAAGUCGAGAAUUCAAAGAUUUAAUUUGUAGAUACAGUAAACCGAUUUCUCCAAUGGUUCUGCUUGAUCUUUUGGGAAGUGAUGAAGAUACAUCUAAUGAAGAUACUCCACCCUCACUUCAUCAAUUUCCAGAAAAUGUUUCCGAAGAAUUAUUUAAAAUUGCCGAUUGGUUAAUUACUCACAACAGAGAUGAAUACAUGAAUGUUUAUGCAAAAGUCAGAGAAACAGUUUUAGAAAAUUCAAUGAAACAAUUAAAAGAUCAACAGAAAAAUGCCAGUGGAGGAAGUAUGCAAAAUAUUCAAAGCAUUCUUAGUUCUCCUUCAGCUAAGCCAAAAUUUCAAAACAAUCGAAAAGUAUCAAAAAGACUACAGCAUGCAUUAGAAAAAAGGGCUAAUAAAAUGUUAUUAAAAGCUUCGCAGACUCUUGAACAGUCGACAGGGUUAACAUUAGGCAACAGGAGGCCCACAUUAAUAUUAGAACACAGGGAAGAUCUUGUCGAUGAACAGGAAAUGGAAAAUUAUUUAGUAACAGUUAUGGCAUUACAAAAACUAAUUCAAAAUGAAAGAAAUCUUAUGGUUGGAAUUAUACCAUUACAACAUCAAAGUAAAAUAUUUGAAAUUAUAAUUAAAAGUUCAAUGGAUAUGAUCGUACAAGAUGGUGAAAAUAUUGCAUCGAGAGCUAAAAAAUGCAUUAACAAACACGAUUUUGCAGCCGUUCUUAUAAUAUUCCCGAUAUUAAAACAAUUAUUAAACAUGCAACCGGAAUUUGAUAAAACCGUUCAAGGCUGUGAUCCGAACGUACAAAGAAAAUAUUUAACCAUUUUAAAUACUCUUCAUUCCACGGGAGCUAAAGCACUGGAAGAUUUUAUCGAAAGCGUUCGAAACGAUACAAAUUCUCAAUUACCCAAAGAUGGUACCGUCCACGAAUUAACAAGCAACGUUUUAGUUUUUCUAGAACAAUUGACAGAAUACAUCGAUACGAUAGCUGGUGUCCUUUUAAAAGAUCCUUUUUACAGUGCUCCCCUUAGCAGAAUAAAUUGCACAAACAAAGAUAAAGCCGUCAUUGGGAUUUACAUAAAAAAAGUAUUGGCUCAACUUAAUUCGACGCUCAUGAGCAAAAGCGACGUUUAUGCAGAUGUUUAUUUAAGAUCAAUAUUUAAAUUAAAUAACAAUCAUCACAUAUUAAAAUCAUUGCAAAGAAGCGAACUCCUUGAUUUGUUAAAAUGUAGCGAACCAGAAUGCGAAAAAAAUUAUUUCGACAUGAUACAAGAUAAUAAAAAAAAAUACAUGCAAAGUUGGGGAAAAGUAUUGAGUUACAUUUGGAACAGCGAAGAAGUAUCACAAACGCAAUAUGGUAAAUUCAAAGACAAAGAUAGACACGUGAUAAAAGAAAAAUUUGCGGGAUUCAAUAAAGAAAUAGAAGAGAUAUCGAAAAUUCAACACGGAUAUUCCAUACCGGAUGUAGAAUUGAGAGAAAGUUUAAAAAGAGACAAUAAAGAACUCAUACUACCCAAAUACAAUGCAUUUUACGAACGUUAUUCGAACGUUAAUUUUUCGAAAAAUCCAGAAAAAUACAUAAAAUACACUCCGGCUCAAGUUUCCGCAUUGAUUGAUAGAUUUUUCGACGUGGCAGCUUAA